AUGUGUGUAAAAUCUAACAGUUUCUAACCUAUUUUUGUAAUCUACUUGAUCUUGAAUGCGUGUUUUGCAGAAAUCUAACUUAUUGAUGAAGAUUUUGUAGGUCCUAUUGUUUCUGAUGAAGGUAAAUCAAAAAUAAUAAUUGUAAGGUUGGUAUUGUUGGAAUCUUGAUAGUUGUUAGAAGACAUAUUGUGGAGGAUCAGCUAUUUUUGGCGGUUAUAAUGGAUUUGAUUAUCAUACAUAGAUUUUUAAAACAUUUGAGCUGCUGCCUCCACAUUAUUAAAUUGGUAUCAGAUUUAAAUUUUGGAGGUUGUGUAAUAUAUUAUCUAUAUAGGAUUGACUAAUGGGAUUUAAAUGAUCAAUUUACCAUAUAUGUUGAUAAUACCCUAGUUCAUAAAUAUAUAUACUCUGACAUAGAUAGUUCAUCAAAUAUUUGUGGAUCUAAUGAUUAUGAUUCAGUGAUUUAAUUUGAUUUAAUAGUGGAUCAUUUUAGUACUUCAUCAAUAAUUUUAAUGACAACUUUAAAUGGUGGAUGGUGGGGUAUUUCUGAAUUUAGACAAUAUGUUCUAAAAUGUCCUUUUGGGUGUGGUUCCUGCAAUUUAUAUUAUUGUUNGAUUUACAAUGAAAGCAGAGAGAUAAUUAGAUUUGUGACCUGA